AUGUCUGCUGAGGAGGAUCUCAUCGACUACUCCGACGAGGAGCUUCAGACCAACGAGACGGCCGCCGCCUCGAACGGAAAGAAGGCUGACGCCGCCGCUGGCAACAAUGUCGACAAGAAGGGCAGCUAUGUCGGCAUCCACUCGACCGGUUUCCGCGACUUCCUCUUGAAGCCCGAGCUUCUCCGCGCUAUUGGCGAUUGCGGUUUCGAGCAUCCUUCGGAGGUCCAACAAACCUGCAUUCCCCAGGCUCUCCUCGGUGGAGAUAUUAUCUGCCAGGCCAAGUCUGGUCUCGGAAAGACGGCCGUCUUUGUCUUGACGACCCUCCAACAAGUCGAGCCUGUCCAGGGCGAGGUCUCUGUGUUGGUUAUGUGCCACACUCGUGAGCUCGCUUUCCAGAUUCGCAACGAGUACAACCGCUUCAGCAAGUACAUGCCCGACAUCAAGACCGGCGUGUUCUACGGUGGCACUCCCAUUCAGAAGGACGUUGAGACGAUCAAGAACAAGGAGACCUGCCCUCACAUCAUCGUGGGCACCCCUGGCCGACUUAACGCGUUGGUUCGCGACAAGGUUCUCCGCCUCGGCAGCGUCCGCAUCUUCGUUCUUGACGAGUGCGACAAGAUGCUCGACCAGAUCGACAUGCGCCGUGACGUCCAGGAGAUCUUCCGCGCCACCCCCACCCAGAAGCAGGUCAUGAUGUUCUCGGCCACUCUGUCUGACGAGAUCAAGCCUAUCUGCCGAAAGUUCAUGCAGAACCCUACUGAGCACUACGUCGACGAGGACACUAAGCUCACCCUGCAUGGUCUGCAGCAAUACUACAUCAAGCUCGAGGAGCGCGAGAAGAACCGCAAGCUCAACGAGCUUCUGGACGACCUCCAGUUCAACCAAGUCAUCAUCUUUGUCAAGAGCACGCUGCGCGCGACCGAGCUGGACAAGUUGCUGAGAGAGUGCAACUUCCCCUCCAUCGCAGUCCACUCCGGCGUCAGCCAGGAGGAGCGUAUCCGCCGUUACAAGGAGUUCAAGGAGUUCAACAAGCGCAUCUGCGUUGCCACCGACGUCUUUGGCAGAGGUAUCGACAUUGAGCGCAUCAACUUGGCCAUCAACUACGACCUGCCCGCCGAUGCCGACUCUUACCUGCACAGAGUCGGUCGUGCUGGCCGUUUCGGUACCAAGGGUCUUGCCAUCUCCUUUGUGAGCACCGACCAGGACCAGGAGGUUCUCAAGGCCAUCGAGAAGCGCUUUGAGGUUGCUCUUCCUGAGUUCCCCAAGGAGGGUAUCGACGCCAGCACCUACAUGGCCUCUUAA